CGUAGCACUAGACCAAAGGCCUGCAGGUGGACAUAUUGAGACGUUUCAUUUUACAUCCAAGGGGAAGCGCUUUUGGACAUGAGCAAAUACUUUAUCGGACCUGUGCCAGUCAUGGAUGGAGCAUGGGAAUUGCCGUUGAGGGCUUCCAUCAUUUCAACGUCAACUGGGUAGAGAUUCCCAUGCGUUAGGCAAAUCAACCAAGAUUAAGAUAAUUUAGUACUUCAAAAUGGCGCUCCCCAUGCGGUCACAUACGCUAUAAUGGCACGGAUACAAAGACAACUACUUCAUCGCUAUGGCCUGUUCACACGCGUAUAUGUCCUUGUACUGCGUAUAAUGAUUUCGCCUCCCGCCCGCCUUCCGUCUUUGAGGACAUGUAUUUCCAUGGUUAAUGUUAACUUGACUAUAUUGUCGAUAUAAUAGAAACUUCGAUUGGUGCCGCGUUCGAAACCACUGGUAACUCGAAAAUCUCCGACUUCCGUGUGUUCAAAACCAUUUGGAACUCGGGGAAAAGACGAGCUCCGACUGGGAUAAAUCGAUUUGAACGGUCUUCCAACUCGGGCCUCUAAAUCUAGAGCGAUCUGAAGAUCGCUGACGUCAUGAUUUUACCUUGUAUUUUUCCGAGUUCGCAGUUUGGAAGGCAGCAGCUCACAGGCCUGCGUCAUCAUUACGCGUUUUAUGUACACGGAAGUAGCCAGCAGAAAACAGGACGAUAACAGAAGUCCAUCUGGGUGUUGGUGUGUUGAGUUAUGCCCCAGGGAGGAUGGGUCAGACCCUGUGUAUCUGUUCCCGCGGCUCCAUCACCAUUGACAACAAAAGAUACUACUUCAUCCAGAAACUAGAUGAAGGAGGGUUCAGCUAUGUGGACCUGGUGGAGGGGGUGCAGGACGGGCGUUUCUACGCCCUGAAGAGGAUCCUGUGCCAUGACCGGGAGGGUCGCCAAGAGGCUCAGACGGAGGUGGAGAUGCACCGUCUCUUCAGCCACCCCAACAUCCUGGGCCUGGCAGGGCACACCUUCAUAGAGAGGGGGGGCAAGAGUGAGGCCUGGAUACUGCUGCCCUAUGUUCAGAAGGGCAGUCUGUGGUCAGUGCUAGAGAAGCUGAGGGACAAGGGCAGCUUCAUGCCAGAGAGACGCAUCCUGAAGGUCCUACAGGGCAUCUGUUCUGGACUGAAGGCCAUGCAUGACAGAGGCUACGCACACAGAGAUCUGAAGCCUACCAAUGUACUCCUAGAGGAGGAUGACAGGCCGCUGCUGAUGGACCUGGGUUCUAUGAACCGCUCCAGGAUGGAGGUCAAGGGGACCAGGGAGGCCAUGACAGUACAGGACUGGGCAGCUCAGAGGUGUACUAUAUCGUACCGUGCCCCUGAGCUCUUUAACGUGGAGAGCCACUGUGUCAUCGAUGACCGUACAGACAUCUGGUCUCUGGGCUGUGUACUGUACAGCAUGAUGUUCCUGGAGGGGCCCUAUGACAUGGUGUUCCAGAAGGGAGACAGUGUGGCCCUUGCUGUCCAGAACCCAGUUACCAUCCCCCAGCCAUGCAGGUCAGUCAGUCCCCUGGCAAGCUAACUCUAACCCCCAGUU